AACAUUCACAUACAUUUAAUGACAACACGGCAGAUUGGUUGCAGGUUGUAUUUUUCGACUGAUUUAAAAAAAAUGAAUUAAAUUGCAAGUUCUCAAUAAGACAAUACAAAAAAUCAAAAACAAAAACGGAUCCGCAAACACCUGUGUAAAUAAGCGGCCGUUCGAGCGGCACGUUAACGUAGCAGGAAGCGGUACGUGCGGGUCAUUUACACGAAAAGUUGCCGCCGACGCUGCAGAGAAAUUCUUUAAGCGUUUAGCAACAGAGCCAGCUGUAGUGGGGCCAGAGCUUAGCCCAACGAUAAUACCACGUAUGCAAACAAUUAAAAAAAAACCCUAGUGUGUGUGCGUAUGCCAACGCACGUUAUUGACAUUUGCCGCUACAAUGAUACCGUUAACGCACAAGGAUCGCAGCAACUUUGCCUACCGCGUGAAGGAGAAAGUGAACAGCUGGAAGCGCCUCAUCUUCUCCGAUCGCAAUUCACGCAAUUUGUUUCUCUUUCUGCUGCUUAAUCUGAGUUUCGCCUUUGUCGAGCUCUUCUAUGGCAUCUUGACAAACAGCUUGGGUUUGAUCUCGGACUCUUUUCACAUGUUCUUCGACUGCACGGGUCUGUUAGCUGGCCUUGCUGCCUCCGUCAUUACGAAAUGGAAGGCCAAUGAUAAGUUCUCCUAUGGCUAUGUGCGCGCUGAGGUUCUCGCGGGCUUUGUAAACAGCUUGUUUCUGCUCUUUAUUGCUUUCUUCAUACUAUCCGAGGGAGUGGAGCGUCUAAUAGAGCCGCCAGAGGUUAAACACGAGCGUUUAUUUGUGGUAUCUGUGUUGGGCCUGCUAGUAAACCUCGUAGGCAUUUAUGCCUUUAAUCAUGGCGGACAUGGACACUCGCACGGUGGCGGCGGCGGCGGACAUGGACACUCCCACGGUGGGUCCAGUCAUGGUCAUUCCCACAACCACAACGAUCACAACAAUCAUAAUCAUCAGGCCAUCUCUUUGGACAAUGGUCACGGGCACUCGCAUGAUCACGGAAGCCACGGGCACUCGCAUGAUCUUGGCAGUGGCAGUAACUCCCAGAUCAUGCGUGGCGUCUUUCUUCACAUUCUCGCCGAUACACUGGGCUCGGUGGGCGUCAUUAUUUCGGCUGUGCUUAUGCAAAUGUUUGGCUGGAUGAUAGCGGAUCCCAUUUGCUCCAUAUUCAUAGCGUUACUAAUUGCGCUCAGCGUGCUUAGUUUGAUUAAAGAGUCCAUACUGAUACUGAUGCAACGCCAGCCCUCGGCCUUGGAUCGCUCCCUGCUGCAGUGCUAUCAAAAGGUGACCGGCCUGGCCGGCGUCUAUUCGGUUCAGGAGCCGCACUUUUGGACGCUCUGCUCGGAUAUAUAUGUGGGUGCCAUCAAGCUGGAAGUGUCCAAGAAUGUGGAUCCCACGUAUGUGGUAACGCAUACGCGCAUGAUCUUUGAGGCGGUGGGCGUGAAACAGAUAUAUAUACAGCUCGACUAUGUGUGAUGAGCGGCGCUCCAGUUUUCUAUUAUCUUUAUAUACAUAUAUAUAUGAUUACUAUGUAUAUUGAGCAGCGUGUGUUGUGUGUGUAUGUAUUGUAGUACGAUGAUAAUUAUGUGCUUUUUUACCUAAAUUUUAGUUUCUUAGUCUGAGUGCGCUAUAAAAAAAACAACCAAGAGCUGUAAAGUGUAAACGAAAGUUGUACGAGUAAUUUGGGAAACUUUGUUAAUUUAUUUUUUUAACUUGUUAAAUCGACUCAUUCCAAUACUAUCAAAAGCGAAACAAAGUGAACGUAGUGCAACAAUGCAGCAACUGCUGUUUAUAUAUAAACUUAGUAUAAUUGUAAUAUAUAAGUCCCAAACUUAUGCAUUCAAAAUAGUAUAUGCAAUUAUUUAGUCUUCUUUUUAAAUUCGAAAGAUCAAACCCACAUACUAUACACAUUUAAUGAAAUUUGACUGAAAACACAUACAUUUUUCCAAGUUUCAUUAUUUAAAUGGAAAUACUUGCAAGAGCCAGUUUUUGCUGCAUCAAAAUCUGAACGAAAUAAAAUAGAAUUUGUUAAUAGCGUUUUUAUACACACAGAA